AUGGCUGUUAAAGGAUUAGGCGAACUCGAUCAGAACUAUGACGGUUCUAAGCUCCGCAUUGGUAUCAUCCAUGCUAGAUGGAACAAGAAGAUCAUUGAUGCGCUCGUCGACGGUGCCGUCCAGAGAUUGAAGGCGCUUGGGGUCACCGACGCCAACAUCGUCAUCGAGUCCGUCCCCGGUUCCUUUGAGUUGCCGUAUGGCUCCCUUCAGUUCUUGCAGAGACAGCAAGCUAAGGGUGAGCCGUUGGACGCUGUCAUCCCGAUCGGGGUCUUGAUCAAGGGCUCUACCAUGCACUUUGAGUACAUUUGCGACUCUGUCACCAAGGCCUUGAUGAGAUUGAACUUCGACGCAAAGGUGCCAAUCAUCUUUGGUGUUUUGACCUGUAUCACUGAGGAACAGGCCGAGGCCAGAGCUGGCUUGAUCCAGGGCAAGAUGCACAACCAUGGUGAAGACUGGGGUGCUGCCGCCGUCGAAAUGGCCAGCAAACAGCCAAAAUAA